AUGGGUUUUGGACUCAAAAAUAUGCAUAUUAUCAACAUUUUAAAUUUCUUAUUCAUCUUCUUCAAAAUUAUUAUCCGGAGUCUUUUUACACUUGGACUUGUUAUAAAUGCUCCUUGGAUUUUUGACAGAUGUUGGUAUAUUAUUAAACGAUGGUUGGAUCCUGUUGUUGAAAGUAAAAUUCAUUUUGUAAAUGCUAUUAAUGAUUUAAGUAAGUACAUUGAUCCAUUAGUUUUACCAAAACGAUUAAAUGGUUGUCAAUCAAAUUUUAAACAUAUUCCACCAACAAAUGAAGAUUUAGCCAUGUUAUCUGCUUUUAGAAAUAAUAAACAAGGAAAACAAAAAGCAGAAGAAGUACAUCGACAAGUUGCAAAAAAUUAUCUUAAUAUAACUUAUAAAUGGACUUGUGGGGAUGAAUCAAAUAAUUUAUUAGAAAAAAGAGAGAAAGAGAGAGCUGAAAAAGAAGUAAGAGAUAUAUUCGAACAAAUUGUUCCUCAUAUUCAUACAAGAACUCAUUAUCAUCGUAGUGGACAAAUUGAUCAAUCAAUAUUUUAUAUUCUAUAUGAAAAAAUUCAGAACAAUACACAACAAUAA